AUGUCAGCAGACACAGCGUCAAUCACUCCAUUCGGACUUGCACGAUCCACCGUGCAAGGCAAACCUCUCUCAGCGGAAGAGCUCAGGAAGACGGAUGCGUUCAUGAGAGCGUCCCUCUACCUCUGUCUCGGUAUGCUCUACCUCAAACAGAACCCUCUCUUGAAGGAACCGCUCAAGAAGGAAGACCUCAAGACUAGGUUGUUGGGUCACUGGGGUUCAGAUUCCGGUCAGAUCUUCACCUACAUCCACUUCAACAGGUUGAUCAAAAAGUAUGGCUUGGAUGGGUUGUUUAUUUCGGGUCCAGGCCACGGAGCACCCGCUGUACUUUCCCAAUCCUACCUCGAAGGUGUCUACUCCGAGGUAUACCCCAACAUCACCGAGGAUGAGGAGGGUAUGCGACUCUUCUUCAAACAAUUCUCUUUCCCCGGUGGUAUUGGUUCCCAUGCUACACCCGAAACACCAGGUUCAUUACAUGAAGGUGGUGAAUUGGGUUAUUCGAUCUCACACGCUUUCGGUACCGUGUUCGACAACCCAGAUCUCAUCGCUGUCACCAUGGUCGGUGAUGGUGAGAGUGAGACCGGUCCCUUGGCUACUUCUUGGCACUCUACCAAGUUCUUGAACCCCAUUACUGAUGGUGCAGUCUUGCCUAUUUUACAUCUUAACGGAUACAAAAUCAAUAACCCCACUGUCCUCUCCCGUAUCUCCCACGAGGAACUCGAAGCCUUGUUCAUCGGUUACGGCUGGAAACCCUACUUUGUCGAAGGUUCCGACCUCGAAACCAUGCACCAAGCCAUGGCUGCGACUCUCGAACAAGCCGUCCUCGAAAUCAAACAAUAUCAAAAGCAAGCCAGAGACAGUGGUAAAGCUUUCCGACCCAGAUGGCCCAUGGUCAUCCUUCGAUCUCCUAAAGGUUGGACUGCUCCUCGAGAUGUCAGCGGUCACCAUUUGGAGGGUUAUUGGCGAGCCCAUCAAAUUCCUCUGGCCGAUGUCGCUACCAGCACCGAGCACUUGGCUCUACUCGAGUCUUGGAUGAAGUCAUACAAGCCCGACGAACUCUUCAUCAACGGUAAACUCAUUCCCGAACUCAAAGAACUCGUACCACAAGGCAACGCUAGGAUGUCAGCCAACCCAGUCGCCAACGGUGGUCACUUGAGAAAAGCUCUUCGACUUCCCGACUUCAGAAAGUACGCCUUCGACGUCGUACCAGGGGUUACCAACGCUCCUAGUAUGAGCAAUAUGGCCAAGUGGCUCAGAGACGUCGUCGCUGCCAACCAAACCAACUUCAGACUUUUCGGUCCCGAUGAGACCGAAUCAAACAAGCUCGGUGCGGUCUAUGAAGCUGGUAAGAAGGUAUGGAUGGCGGAUUACCUCCCUGAAGACGAGGAUGCUGGUAAUUUGGCCAAUGCUGGUCGAGUCAUGGAGAUCCUUUCCGAGCACACCGUUGAAGGUUGGUUGGAAGGAUACGUCCUCUCUGGUCGACAUGGUCUUCUCAACUCUUAUGAGCCAUUCAUUCACAUCAUCGAUUCCAUGGUCAACCAACAUUGUAAAUGGAUCGAGAAGUGUCUGGAGGUAGAGUGGAGAGCUAAAGUAUCUUCCCUCAACAUCCUACUCACUGCCACCGUCUGGAGACAAGAUCACAACGGUUUCACCCACCAAGAUCCCGGUUUCCUCGAUGUGGUAGCGAACAAAUCACCAGAAGUUGUCCGAAUCUACCUCCCACCGGAUGGAAACACUCUCCUGUCGGUCAUGGACCACUGUCUCGAGAGCAAGAACUACGUCAACGUCAUUGUCGCUGAUAAACAAGAUCACUUGCAAUACCUCAACAUGGAGGAAGCAGUUGCUCACUGCACCAAAGGUUUAGGUAUUUGGGAAUGGGCUUCGACCUUCCCCGAUGAAGAACCCGACUUGGUCAUGGCCUCGUGUGGUGAUGUACCCACCAUGGAGUCUCUCGCAGCGGUCGCACUGCUCCGAACUUACCUACCAGACCUCAAGAUCCGAUUUGUCAACGUUGUCGACCUAUUCAAGCUCAUCUCUCACUUGGAUCACCCGCACGGUUUGACUGAUCGAGAGUUUACCGCCAUUUUCACCGACGACAAACCUGUCAUUUUCAACUUCCACUCUUACCCAUGGUUAAUCCACCGAUUGACCUACAAGCGACCUGGUCACAACAACAUCCAUGUGAGAGGUUACAAGGAGAAGGGUAACAUCGACACUCCCUUGGAACUUGCUAUCCGAAAUGAGACGGAUCGAUUCUCACUUGCGAUGGAUGCAAUUGACCGAUUGCCAGGACUUAAAGGUAAAGGAAGCAACACUAGAGAGAAGCUUCACAACGAACAGAUCGUUGCUAGGAACAUGGCAUACGAAAACGGUAUUGAUGCAGACAAAUACAGGAAUUGGCGAUGGGAGUUUGGAGAGAAGAAGGAAGGUGUGCUUGACCAAGUUCAAAAGGGAUUAGGUAUUGGAAGUGGUAGCGAUGCCCCUCCUGCUGCGGUAGUUGGUACCAGCGAGUAA